UAAUUGAGCACAGAAGUCAGCAAAUGUAUGUGGUAACAAUAAAAUAAUAAUUUUUUUAAUCUUCAUCGUUAUCGAAAUUUUGUAAAUAAACAUGGCUCCUAUUUUGACGAAGAAGCCGGUCAAUCCAAUCCCAGUUGCUGUUGAACCUGCCGUGGAACCAAUUCAACCAUCAUCAGUAAUUGUGAUCCAUCCUGGAUCAAUGUACUUAAGAAUUGGAAGAGCUUCAGAAUCAUAUCCCAAAGUUAUUCCCCACGUAAUUGCCCGGCGUAAUAGAUUGGGGCCAUCUCCUAUUCACCGAGAUCCAACUUUGGUGCCACUUAUUAAUUUGUCUCAAGAAUUGAAGUCCCAGCUCCACAACUAUCAAGUCACUUUAGGUUCGAUUUUGGCAUCAUGUAUGACAAGUGAUGGUAGACUUAGAAAUUCCAUUCCUUUAAAUAUUGUAACAGAAUAUAAUUCUAAAGUGAAACCUCAAGUAAUAAGUGGGAAAAGUGAUAUCCCUUGGACAAAAGUUGAUGAUCAACACGAUAUUUUCAUUGGAGAAGAUGCACUACGGUUACAACCUGGAGAAAACUUCAACAUACAUUGGCCAAUUAGAAGAGGUCAGUUUAACUUACAUUCUGGUGUUGGCGGAUCGAUGACUUCUGUUUUAUCCGACUUAGAAGCUAUAUGGAGCACAGCAUGUCAAAAAUUACUGGAUAUUAGUCCUAAAGAUUUAAAGUCUUUCAGAGCUGUUCUUGUUAUUUCUGAUGUGUAUAAAAGAGAACAUGUUCGCGAAAUGGUUAAUCUUCUGCUGACUAGGCUUGGGUUUAUGAGCUGCUUUGUCCAUUUGGAAUCUGUGUGUGCAACAUUUGGUGCGGGGGUUAGUUUUGCUUGUGUUGUUGAUGUUGGUGAUCAGAAAACUGCAGUUUCUUGUGUAGAAGAUGGAAUAUCACACAAAAAUACUAGGCUCAACAUUAAUUAUGGAGGAAAUGACAUAACACGUUUAUUCCACUGGUUUUUAGGAAAGUUAAGUUUCCCUUACAAAUGUUCUCCAGAACUUCCAUUAGACUGUUUAACUGUACAGGAGUUAAAAGAACAACUUUGUCAUGUAAAUUUGGACAUCUAUGGAGUUCAAGACAAGUACUUUACCAUUAAACGUCCAAGUGUACCAGUUUUACGCUAUGGUAUAAAGGUAGGCGAUGAAUGUUUGAUUGCUCCACUAGCUUUAUUUCACCCAGAGUUGUUUGGCAUCACAGGUCCUAAAAAGGUUCAAACUCACACUCGAAAUGAAGGAUUGCCAGACGAUCCUUAUGAUGAACAGUAUCUUAUUCAAACUCAAAGACGUGGUGUGAAGGACGUAGCUGAUGGUCAUCCUGACCAAUCUGCUCUGGAUGAAUCUCAUUUGAAUGCUAGUCUAUUGGAAGAAGACAUGGAUUCAGCUGAUCCACCCACUAAUCCAAAUGCUAAAGAAAUGGAAGAUAUCAGCUGUGAUCAAUUAUUUGGAGUUGAUCAAGCUAUCCUUCAAAGCAUUGAACGUUGUGAUUCUGAAGAAGUGAAGAGAAAAAUGUAUAGCUGUAUCUUAUUUGUUGGUGGAGGCAUGAUGUUCCAAGGAAUUCAUUCAUGGUUUCACAACAAAUUCAGGACUCUAGUUCCGAGAAUGUACAGGGCAGAUCCCUAUGACAUAAUCACCAGGCCUAAAGACAUGGACCCUCGAGUUACUGUAUGGAAAGGAGCAGCAUUGAUGAGUUGUUUAGAUACUGCACAAGAACUCUGGAUUAAAAAGAAAGAGUGGAUGAAGUAUAAUGUAAAAAUAUUGAGAGAAAAGGCUCCAUUCAUAUGGUGAAUUCUAUAGGAAUUUUUUGUGUAUAAACUGUACAGAAUUUUAAUAAAUUUUUUUUUAUGCAAAAUUAGA